AUGUCGGCUACCCCAUACAUUGAAUUUUCUGUCAAUACCCCCGAGUUUGCUAGAGCCGUUGUCGAAGCCGGCGCCAAUGGCAUAGAAAUCGUUGGUACUGAGGGCAUCACAACGACAUUUCAUAACUUCGCACUAAUUAUGAAGGCUACUGAAAACGGACUAACAGCAAGAGGCGGAGAUAGAACCUCAUUUGAAGUAACUAUGGUUAUUCGUCCAAGAACAGGGGAUCUUGUCUACAACUCUGAUGAGCUAAAGGAAAUCAGGGAAGACAUAAAAUACUUCAAGAAAAAUCCUCUUGUGACAGGAUUCAAAGUCGGUGCUAUGACUGUAGAUGGUGACCUCAAUUUUGAUGCUAUGCUGCAUCUGCAGAAGAUAUCAAGUCCAAAGAAAUGUCUGUGGAUAUUUUCUAUAAUUUUUUACCCACUGACAUGUUUGCCGAUGUCAGUGUGCUUUGCCGGAUAUGCUUUUGAAUACAUCAACCAGCAGAAACUAUCCUCCGUCCUGUAUAAGUUGCAACUAAUCGAAGGUAUUGCAUGGAUCGGGUCAAGGGAAAUUGUGAAUAUCGAAGAUAUCCAAUCAUCAGAGCCCAAUCAUGCCCUUUUUCUAGUGAAAAAAGCCGUUUCACUGAACGAAGGAUUUACGCCCUUAAAAUUUGCUUGGGAAGUAGCGACGCAAUCUGUUGGAGAUGCAUUCUUCAAACAUCCUUAUUAUUUUUUUCUAAUGUUUUACUUUGGGCGGAGCGAACUAGAUGAAGCACACCUCACAUCUCUCAGUAGGAGGCUGCUUCUGACGGGAUGUUCGUCCUUGGAAACUUUCGGAGGGCGUUCAGCUACUAUCGGAGUCAUAACCAAUGUUAUUAUGGCAGUACAGGACGCAUGGUCCCAUUACGUGAAGAGUAAACGUUCGAUGUCAGGCCCUUCUAUCCAACUUGACCUCCUUCUUUCCAAGUACGAAUCGAAGGCAAAUGUUAGGAUUUCCGACAUAGUGGAACUUUAUGCUUUGGACUGA